AUGGCCGUGAUUUCUCGGGCCGACGGGGUCGGCAACAGGCCCGACCCACGACCCCGCCCACGCGCCGCCGCCACCGCACGAUCAGCUCGGGGCGGCUCUGUGUCCGCCGCCCUACCUCCCUCGGCCACCACGGACGCCGCGUCUGCCUGCGCCGCCACCGCCUUCGCCGCGAGCGACCCGCCUGCCCAGGCCACCGCGACCGUCGUGCCAGCCUGCGCCAUCGUUGCCUUCGCCGCGGGUGUCCCGUCGACCGCCGCCUCCACCACGCUCGGGAGCUAUUUCGCGGUGGUGGCUCCUCCGCCCGCCGCGCCAGUUGCGCCGCCCCCGUCGAUCGCCAGCUCGGCAAGGCUCGGCGUUCCCAUGACUCCGUUCCCCCUCGCCUGCAGCAAGGCAACCGCUCGCAUCAGGUCCUCAGCCUCUGAUGAAGAUCAUCAGCAUCCGCCUUCGCGUCAGCCUGCACUCUCGCCAGGCUUUCUUUGA